GGUUUGGACUGUGGGAGUAAAAAAGAAAAGGGAACUAUUAGAAGGAAACAUCUGAUCCGAUCUAGCUCUCUUCUUCUUCUUCUUCCCCGACAGAUCGAAGAAGUAACGUUAGAUGGACAAAGGCAAAGCAGUGAUGGGUGCUGGUCGGAGAUGGGCCGUCGAUUUCUCCGACCAAUCCACUGUUCCAUCUUCCCGCGACAUCCUCGAUCCCCCUGGGUUCUCUCGUGCUUCUCCCGAACAGGAUGACUCAGCAACGAGCCGCCAAAAGAAAGACGCCGAAGCUAAUUGGAAACUUCAGAAAGCAUGGGAGGUAGCGCAAUCACCAUUUAAGAAUCUGAUGAUGAUGGGUUUCAUGAUGUGGAUGGCUGGCAACACUGUUCACCUCUUUAGCAUUGGUAUUACUUUCUCUGCUCUUUGGCAGCCUCUCAGCGCCCUCCAGAGCGUUGGAAAGAUUUUUGAGCCAUUCAAGGAUAAUAAGGUGGAACUACUUAUGCCCAAACUAGUGUUUCUUGCCCUUAACCUUGGAGGCUUAGCUUUGGGUAUCUGGAAGCUCAAUACUUUGGGGCUUCUUCCAACACAUGCAUCAGAUUGGGUUUCAUCUCUACCACCCCCUCAGGAAGUUGAACACUCUGGCGGAGGAUUUUCUUUCCACUGAUGAGAUAACUACAAAAGAUACUCGAGUGAUUUGUUCAAUCCUGACAUGAGGGGACCUUGUCAUCUUGUGAUCUUCUUGUAGCAUUUUCAAAACUCAGAAACCAUAGUUUUUUCACUUUCUAGUAUGAUGUUCAUUGCUCAUCAUAACUAUGGAUUGUAUUAUUUGGCACUUGAGCUACCUGCUUCCCAGCUUUUCUAGACACGAAUAGAUAAAGUUCCAGACAAA